GUGGCCGUCGGCGGGGAUCGGUUGGCGGGGUGUUGAGAGGCGUCAUGUCCCUUGUCCUCCCUGCCAGCUACACUGGGAGAGUGGAAAGAGCAUUUCUGUGUAGCACUUGAUUAGCUACUAUGAGCUUGCUACAUAGUGAUAACAGUUGUGGAGCCCGAGAGGUGGAAAGUGGCUGCUGUGCAGCCAUGGCCAGUGCCUGCACUGUUGGAGUGAAAGAAGACAGCGUAAGUAUUAGCAGUGGGACUGGAAACGCUCCAAGUUCUUUCACAGAAGAAACACAAGGAUAUGAUGUGGAGUUUGAUCCGCCCUUGGAAAGUAAAUAUGAAUGUCCAAUCUGUUUGAUGGCUCUUCGAGAAGCAGUGCAGACACCAUGUGGACACCGUUUCUGCAAAGGCUGCAUUGUCAAAUCAAUAAGAGAUGCAGGUCACAAAUGUCCAGUAGACAAUGAAAUUCUUCUUGAAAAUCAACUUUUCCCUGACAAUUUCGCCAAACGAGAAAUCCUUUCAUUAAUGGUUAAGUGUCCCAACAAGGGCUGCAGUAUGAAGAUGGAGCUGAGACAUUUAGAGGACCACCAGUUGCAGUGUGAUUUUUCCACCAUGGAAUGUCCACAGUGUCAAGGAGCCUUCCAGAAGAACCGUCUGAAAGAGCACAUGACACAGGAGUGUUCGAGGCGUCAAGUCUGUUGUCCAAACUGUGCCACAUCUAUGGCCUAUGAAGAUAAAGAGCUUCAUGACCAAACCUGCCCACUUGCCAAUGUAUUUUGUGAAUACUGCAACACAGUGCUUAUUAGAGAGCAGAUGCCUAACCAUUAUGACAAUGAUUGUCCUACUGUCCCAGUGCCAUGUUUUUAUAGUGCCUUUGGGUGUCCCGAAAAGAUGCAGAGGAAUGAACUUGCACGACACAUGCAGGAGUUCACUCAGGUUCACAUGAGAAUGAUGGCUCAGAGUUUUCAAAAUAUCAGUGUUACUGCUACAAAUCCUGUACCCUUCAUUAAUGGCCUACCCUUUGAGCCUGCCCUUUUCUCACAUGUGUCACAUGCUGCAUAUGACUGUAAUCCUGAAGUUGAAAACUUCAAAGAAACCAUUCAGCAGUUGGAAGGUCGUCUUGUAAGACAAGAUCACCAAAUCAGAGAACUCAUUGCUAAAAUGGAAACUCAGAACACUCACAUGGCAGAACUUAAACGUACUAUCCGAAAUUUGGAGGGAAAGAUUACUGAAAUGGAGGCACAACAAUGUAAUGGUAUUUAUAUCUGGAAGAUUGAGAACUUCAGUGAACUUCAGAAAGCCCAGGAAGAAGAGAGACCUGUUGUGAUGCAUAGUCCUGGCUUCUAUACUGGAAAACCUGGCUACAAGCUGUGUUUGCGCCUGCAUAUCCAAUUACCAAAUGCUCAGCGUUGUGCUAAUUUUAUCUCUCUCUUUGUCCACACUAUGCAAGGAGAGUAUGACAGCCAUCUGCCUUGGCCUUUCCAAGGCACUAUACGACUAUCUAUUUUGGAUCAAUCAGAAGGCCCGGAAAGGCAGAAUCAUGAAGAAGUAAUGGAAGCCAAGCCAGAGUUACUAGCCUUCCAGAGACCAACAAUUCACCGCAAUCCAAAAGGUUUUGGUUAUGUGACUUUCAUGCAUCUGCAAACCUUGAAACAAAGAACCUUCAUAAAGGAUGAUACCCUUCUGGUGCGCUGUGAAGUUCUAACACGUCUAGAUUUAAACAGUCUCCGCAGAGAAGGAUUUCAAGCUCGUAGUACUGAUGGAGCUCUGUAGCCUAUAAGUCUUAAACAGAGGAAUGGAGCCACCAGUCAUGUUCCUCCACCACAGACUACAAGCAUGCGUGAUCAUCCAUAUAGACUGCAUGUGUAAAAGAUCAUAGUUGCCAACACAGUUGAUCUUCACCUGAAUAGACUUUUGUUGUUGCUUUUUGUUUUUUUUUUCCUGUAUGAGGUCAUGUGUUAAAUAUUUAGUAUUGUUCUCUUAAAGUAAUAAGCUACUUCUGUAGCAAGCAAACUAAAUGAAGUUUUGUCCACUGAAAUUUAACUGCCUACAGGAAAAUAGUAUUGAAGUACUGUACAUCUCAGUUCAGUAAAAUUUAAAUCACACCAGAAAAGACCCAUAAAUCUUUUCACCUCAGUGCCUUGGAAUAGAUACUGUAGGAGGGAAAUAGCUAAAUUAAUAAAGAUGUGGGGGUUGCUUGUUUUUCAUAGAGCUUGAGAAAGUUGAGGCAGUUUCUAUAUUGCCUUAUCUAGAAUUUUUAAUUGGUUGUGCUUCUCUUAAAAUCUGAAGUUGGGUUAAGACUUUGAUUACAUCACCUGAAGACCUGAAGUUGAUGUAUGCUUUGACCCUUCCACCCUGCAGAGUUAGCUUCAGGAAGUUCCUGUCAAUGUAGAGUUGAUACUAGUCUUUCUGAAAGAUGUGGUAGUGUUGUGGAGAAGGCUAAAUGAGUCUCAGCUGAGAUCACUUAAGAAAUAUUUUUAAUGUGGUCUGAAACUGCCCCCUAAUUCUCUUUGUUUUGAUAAAUCUUUUUGUGUGUGCUCUGGGCCCAGAAUGUCAAUCACAAUCACCAAAGAGAUUAAAGUAUAGCAUUUGAAUGAUAAAAUGAUACCUUUGUGCUGGUGAGAUCUUCUCCUAGUACUGGACUUUUUUCAGGUUGUCAAGUGGGUACCUGAGCAAAGGUAUGUACUAACUAGAUAGAGUGAUGCAGAAUUUGGUUUACUGUUGUUGAAACCUGAACUUCUACCCAAGUUGAACUUGUGACCUGCAUCUGUUCAAGUGCUGUCUUGUUCUAGUAUGACCUGUGUUGUUUCCUAUGAAUUCUCAGUGGAAAGCUGGCCGUAUCAACAUCCAGCUGUCAUGGGUAUUUACUGUCCCAUUAGACGAUAGGAGCUGGGACACCCUCAAUACUUGGGAGAGGAAGAAAAGCCUAAUAAUUAGACAGUGUGAGAAAGAAUUGCAGUCCUCUUUGUUCUUAUGAAAAAAUCUGGCUUCCCUAGUGGCUCAUUUACCAAACACUAGAUUGACUAUGUCAAGAACUCAUGAGCUUCCUAAUGUUGCCUGUAUUACUGUUUUCUGCGCUGAUUAUAUGCCAUAUAAAUGUUAGUUUUGACAAGUCAGAGCUGAGUAGUUCAGUGGUGCUACAAGUUUUAAUUUAUCAUGGUGCUGAUAAAGUUCUGAAUCUCAUGUUUAAAAGGAGGGAAUAAAGUUUAGCUCACUCAGUAAUUUAAGUACACAGUCUGAUACCAAAGAAAGAACUAAGCCAUACAUAAGCAUAUGUAUAUUAUUUCUCCAAACUACUGAAACAAUCUAAAGACUUAAGACACUGCAGCUUAAAAGAUACUGAAGAGUAUUGCAAGUAUUUAGCCUCAUCAAAGCAACCCUAUGGGGAUCAUCAGUGAGGAAAGUGUAUAUGCUUAAUAUAUCUAAGGCUAAUGAAAGACUAGAUAUUGGUUUGGGAGAAUACUCUGCCUGCAUGUGUGAGAUUAAAAGUACCAGGACCCAACUGACCACAUUGUUUAUCAUAUCCAGAUGGGUAACAUUUAUUUUACAGAUAUAUCCUAUUUGUCAAAGAGGGAUUGUGUUCAAUGGAGUAUUGACACUACUGAAACCUGAAAUUCCUGGUUAAUCAUAAAUGCAGUCAGUCAUUAGCUUACUUAGUGUAUUCUGUAUGUUUAAAGGACAGGUGAGCACAUAUAACUCAAAAUAGGAACAGGACCAUGUUUUAAACCUGUCUUUUUAAGCCUCUUAAGAAGUUUUUGUACUGAAGAGCUUCAUCCUAUUGGUUGAAUUUUUUUCUGGAGUGUCUUCAGUUAGAGUAUUCCUAGUAGUGAAACCACUCUUAACCAAGAGCUUUUGACAUACAUGACAGUGCCCAGACCCACUAUAUACAGAAGGCACUGUACAGUAGUUCUUCAUUUUAACACUAUGUUAGUUAUCCACAUUAUUCCAUGAUGCUCUAAGAUUACCAUUCUCCUUCCUUUUUCUAUCUUUCUUUUUUGUUUGUUUGUUUUGUUUGGGUUUUUUUUUUUGUGGGGAGAAAGACUUGUAAUUUGUAAUUUUCCCACCACAAAUCCCUUCUGCUCUAGCGAUAUUAACAAAAAUCUCCCUAGUCUGUGUUCUAAUAGUUUAUACUCGGGCCCACUAAAUGCAUUCAUACUUUUUUCCUUUUGAAGGUUGGCAUUAUGAACCGAAUUUUCGUUUUGAGCCUUAUCUGCUAGACCUGAUACACUUCUGCCUUGGGAGAAAACUCAGUUUGGUGUCAGGUUCAGGAGUUUAAGUGAUUUCAGUUUAACAUUGUACAAUAGCACAAGCCAAUAGGGAACAGAAAGCUACUGUGUGUAUAAUGCUAUAUUGGCCACAGUAAUACAAAUGUUUUAGUUACUGCAGCUAUUCUAUUUUUUUUUUUAGUAUUACCAAGUAGAACUCAGAGUGAUGCCAAAUGACUGUAAUGCCAGAGCUUUAUGCGAGAGACUUUCAGAGCUCUUUUGCAAACUAUUGCUUAAAUCUUUCAAUCACAAAAAAUUAUAAAUGUUAAUGAAAUGUUUAUUCACCUACUUGUUCCUGAGCUUUCUUUACAAAUAAGAACUUCAUCUCCAGCUAAUGCAAGUCUCCAUUGUUACCCUCUCAAUGUAUAGUCUUUCUGACUAUUAGCUUUUAUUCAAAUUUUUAUAAGGUUAGAAAAACCAGAUUAAGUUUCUAUGUGAAAAUAUAUUUUCAGUGAAACAGCUUCUUUUCCUUUUUCUCCAAAUCUCAUCUCUCUUUUGAGACAUUGUUUUACCAUGGUGGAUUGAGGCAUAAUUGCUAGAACUACGUAAAUGGAAACAGAAAGGUGUAUGCAGUGUCAGGAGCUGUUUCUAAAACAAAUAGGAAGAAAUAUGGGAAUUGAACCAGUUUCCUGUCUUAAUUUCUUCAGGAAUGGGGUUCUUAAGUUCUGUAAUUAUUGAUGCUUUGCAGCAUUACUGGGUCUCAAGGUGGUUUGGAAGUGGCUUAGCUUCUUGUUUUCUUCCACAUUUCUCAUCUUGAAUGUAUUUUCAGUCAGCCACUCUUAUUUUGUGUAUUUUCAAAGCUGCUAUGAUACAAGCUUUGAAGUUCUAAUGUAUUGCAAAUCUGUUUUCUUUCUGCUUCUGAAUGUCUUCCCCUGCAGGGCAGGGAAAAAUAUUUUACUUAAAAUGUUGGCAUGUAAUGUAUAGUGGGAGCUCAGAUAAUGUGAGAUGUAUAGCCUUGUUUUCUAAGUGGUCUCAUUAUAUGCCUGGUCAUGUUUGCUAUCACGGGAUUAAACCUGCUAAUAAAAAAAAAUCAGGUUGGCCUCUCUUCAUAGUUAGAAACACUUGCACAUCAAACAUAUUGGUGAUAGAUGCAGAAUAUUAUUCUGGAGUCAGUGUUAAAAGUUUGUACUGGUUUGCAUCUGAACAGAAUGGAAGUUCUGUUCCCUUGGAAGUAUCCAUAGAUUGUUUAAUAUAUUUUGUAAGGCACAGCUUUAUUUCUGACAGGAUUUUAAAAAAAUAAACUAAUUAAAGUGUG